AUGGAUAGAAUUGUAAAGGUAUCCAGUGGGUAUCCUGUGCUUAGAUAUAUAGAAAGUGCUACAAAUAAUGUGGUACGCCCAGAAUAUUCGUUUAUUGCGAUAGUUGCAGUACUUUUCAUAAGCUUAUUCUGCAGGUCAAUUGCAAGUGCAAUUACAAAUGUCUUAUCAAUUGCAUUUAUAGUGCACUCUGCAUGCAGUGCCAUAUGCACAAAGGGCCAGAUAGAUAUAGCCAGUGCAAAGCACAUUAUAUCUUAUCUCCUGACAUUAAAUAUACUUAUAACAGCAGAGUACGUUGUAUAUUCUAUUCUGUAUAUACCAGUGUACUACCACAUAAAGAUCAUCUUCAUGUACUACCUCUCCAACAGAAGGAGCAGACUAACUGAGUACAUCAACAACGUAGCAUAUACACCACUGAAUGAGAUGAUACGUCAUGUGCAAAACAUAGAUAUAAAGAAAGACAUAAAGACAGCGCAGAUGGCUGCAAGCGAGAAAUUAGGCAGUAUCACCAAGGAUGCAAAUAAAGAGGAGAAGACAGAAAAGAAAGAAGAUUCUCCAAAAGAGAAAAGUAAAGAAGAGUAG